AACUCGCAAGGGGGGCGGCAGGCGGCGAGCACUGCACUCGCAGCAGGGACGCGGUUUGAAAUCCGAUCCCAGUUAAUUUUUUCCCUCUCUCCGGAGCCUGGUGCUCCAAACUGUUAGUGUGAGUCUGUGAGCCAAGCUUUCACACACAGCACCAGACGCCCCGCACAUCACAAGCGACCCAGCGGCGCAGCGGAGCAGUUGUGCCCGGACGGCGGAGCGAAGAAGAUCGGUGCUGCUUUCUUUUUGUCUCUCUUACGACCCAAAAACUUCCCUGCCGACUUUUUAGAUGAUACAGUUUAGUGUGAUUUUAGGACGUCUGUGAAGGCUUUAAGGACUGGACAGAGUUGGACAGCUCACGGCUGUGGUGAACAGCGCUAUCAUCUCAAACAGUCAGUCAGUGAAGUCAAGCUUUCCUGGACGUUGUUUCCUGGACGUUUGGAUUUGGAAAUUUAAGAGUCUGUGUAGGUUUUGAUCUCUAAAUGUAACUGACGAAACAUCUGGAGGGACCUCGCAGACCAGACUUUUUCAAAGAGUCAAUUAGUAUAUUUCGUGAUCUCAAAAAGGAUUACUAUCAAGAAAAGGAACAAACGAACAAAACAUUUGGUGAGGGACCAUCGGUGUUUCGGACAGGACUGUGUGUGUGUUUUUGCGAGUGUGUGACUGCGCUACAUUGACAGCAUGUGUGAAACUGUGGAAGAUGUCUGAGUCUGAUCAGUGUGGUGAGGACAAUCCCCGCGCCGCUCCCUACGGGAUGGUGCAGCUCUGUCUCCUCCUGUACCUUACGGCCCUCGUCCUUCCUCCAGUGUACAGCGCCCCGCUGAUGUCUUCGGAGCCCACAGAUUGGGCGUCGAGUGAGGCAGAUGUGUUUCUGGAAGACUACGUGGCAGGAGUCGGGGACUCUGUGACUCUCUCCUGCGCUCAGCACGACUUCCCCAUCGUGUGGCAUAAAGACGGGGACUCCUUGUCUCCUAGCAACCGUACACGGGUGGGGCACAAAGUGCUUCGCAUCAUCAAUGUCUCCUAUGAAGACUCGGGGGUGUACUCCUGUAGACACGCCCACAACAAAACGCUGCUAAGCAACUACACGGUCAAAGUCACUGAUUCCCUGUCCUCAGGUGAUGAUGAGGACUAUGAUGAAGAUGAGGACGAUGCAGGUAAUGGAAAUGAAGCUCCAUCCUUUACCCGACUCGACCGAAUGGAGAAGAAGCUAUUAGCCGUCCCUGCCGCCAAUACGGUGAAGUUUCGCUGUCCUGCGACCGGCAACCCCACGCCCACCAUUCACUGGCUGAAAAAUGGGAAAGAAUUCAAGGGAGAGCAGAGGAUGGGUGGAAUUAAAUUGCGGCAGCAGCAGUGGAGUUUGGUAAUGGAGAGCGCUGUGCCAUCCGAUCGAGGAAACUACACAUGUGUGGUACAGAACAAAUACGGGACAAUCAGACACACCUAUCAACUCGACGUGCUUGAGCGCUCGCCUCACCGGCCCAUCUUACAAGCCGGACUCCCGGCCAAUCAGACGGUGGUGGUGGGCAGCGAUGUCGAGUUUCACUGUAAAGUGUACAGUGAUGCUCAGCCACACAUCCAGUGGCUUAAACACAUCGAGGUGAAUGGAAGCCGGCAUGGGCCCAAUGGCGCCCCCUACGUCAACAUCCUUAAGACUGCGGGUAUAAACACUACGGAUAAAGAGCUGGAGAUUCUCUUCCUGACCAAUGUGUCUUUUGAGGAUGCGGGGCAGUACACUUGUCUAGCGGGAAACUCCAUUGGCUUUAACCAUCACUCUGCCUGGCUUACAGUUUUACCAGCGGUGGCGAUAGAUAGAGUGGACGAUUAUGCUGACAUCCUCAUCUACGUGACGGGCUGUGUGCUCUUCAUCCUCACCAUGGUCAUCAUCAUCCUCUGUCGUAUGCGAAUGAACACACAGAAGACCCUUCCCACACCACCUGUGCAAAAACUAUCCAAAUUCCCUCUCAAGAGACAGCAGGUGUCCUUAGAAUCAAACUCUUCCAUGAAUUCAAACACACCAUUGGUCAGGAUUGCACGCCUGUCGUCCAGCGAUGGACCGAUGCUGCCUAACGUUUCUGAGCUGGAACUGCCAUCCGACCCCAAAUGGGAGUUUACUCGUACUAAACUAACGUUGGGUAAGCCGCUGGGAGAGGGAUGCUUCGGGCAGGUGGUGAUGGCUGAAGCUAUUGGGAUUGACAAAGAGAAACCCAAUAAACCUCUCACUGUUGCUGUCAAGAUGCUGAAAGAUGACGGCACAGAUAAGGAUUUAUCAGACCUUGUGUCCGAGAUGGAGAUGAUGAAGAUGAUUGGAAAACACAAGAACAUCAUCAACCUUUUGGGAGCGUGCACACAAGAUGGUCCUCUGUAUGUGCUGGUUGAAUAUGCAUCCAAAGGAAAUCUCAGAGAGUAUCUGCGAGCGAGAAGACCUCCUGGGAUGGACUACUCAUUCGACACCUGUAAGAUCCCGAACGAAACUCUGACCUUUAAAGACCUGGUGUCCUGUGCCUAUCAAGUUGCCAGGGGUAUGGAGUACCUGGCCUCAAAGAAGUGUAUCCAUAGGGACCUUGCAGCCCGCAAUGUUCUGGUUACAGAGGACAACGUAAUGAAGAUUGCAGACUUCGGCCUGGCUAGAGACGUGCACAAUAUUGACUACUACAAGAAGACCACCAACGGUCGUCUGCCCGUCAAAUGGAUGGCACCAGAAGCGCUGUUCGACCGUGUCUACACGCACCAGAGCGAUGUGUGGUCUUACGGGGUGUUGCUGUGGGAGAUUUUCACGCUGGGUGGCUCACCGUACCCAGGCAUCCCAGUGGAGGAGCUCUUUAAACUGCUGAAAGAGGGCCAUCGAAUGGACAAACCCGCCAACUGCACUCAUGAACUGUACAUGAUAAUGCGAGAGUGUUGGCAUGCUGUUCCUUCUCAAAGACCCACCUUCAGACAACUGGUGGAGGAUCAUGACCGAGUUCUCUCCAUGACUUCCACUGACGAGUAUCUGGAUCUGUCGGUACCCUUCGAGCAAUACUCGCCUACUUGUCCGGACUCCAACAGCACCUGUUCAUCCGGUGACGACUCGGUGUUUGCUCACGAUCCUUUACCUGAUGAGCCGUGCCUCCCCAAACAUCACCACAGCAAUGGGGUCAUACGAACAUAAGUACCCUGUUUUUCUUUCGAGAAACGCGUGGGACCUUUCUGUCUGCUGUAUUGGGCCGACGAUCAACGUAGCAGAGGCUCUUAGCAUGGAUCUCAUGAACAAGCAGCUUCGAAGUCUGAAGGCCAGAUUAUGCUUCUCACCUUCAGCACCACCUUUUCUUCCAUAUCAUUAUUCAGCUUUUGUCUUUUUGAAAAUUCCUAUUUUUGUAUUCGGCCAGUUUCGUUUUCCUUUACGCUACACAGUCGAGAAGGGUCAAACCAUUCCGUGCCUACCAAACAAACAGACAAAAUGUUGAACAGGGAAAAACCGAAUGAACGGUGUAUUGCUGCGUAACAGUGUCGGUAUCAUCCUGUCAUGCAUGUGAAUUCUCUCAGUGUUUAAAGAGAGGACGAUGACAGGAUGGUUUUUUUACAGCAAUAUCUGACUGGAGUGAGAAUUAAACCCGUGGCCAGUUCUCAUCGUUUUCUCACAAAGAACUUUUCGGUGGGAAAGACGAGAAGAGUGAGAUUUAGUUGGAUUAAAAAUAUAACUGUGUGCUUUGUAUGUAUCAAAAAAAAAGUUUUAUUGUAAAUAUAUAGAUAUAAAUAUGUAUCAUAUUGCAGCCAGUAGCAGUGUACGUUAAAAAUAAUGACAUUUAAAGAACAAUGCAUUGCAAGUGAGCAUACACUGUUGAGAUCGUGUAAACAUUUAAUCUUAAAAAAGCAAAACAAAAGUUUUAUUUGAAUUAACAUGUAUAUUUGUAAAGCUAUUUAUAGACAUAAGGUUUUUAAAGGGGGGUUGAGGUCUAAAAUUAUAGUCUGGGAUUUGGUACUGUAAACAAGUUGUUGUUUUUCUUGAGAUUUCAAUUUUUGUAAGUUAUUGACUACAGAAAGAGUCUUUCAACCGAUGGGUUGUAUUUUAUUUUCGCUUUUUUUCAUUACUUAGUUUACGGGGACAAGAAUGUAUAAGAAAAGUAAUAUUAAUUGGGAUUGAAAACGUGAAAAGGUUUGCCACAUUAUCUCAGUAUUUUAUUGUAAUGGACCACAAGUAAUUCUGCUCUUGAGGAUGAGAGUGCGCCGGUGUUUCAGAACUAUAUCAUUUCUUCAUAUUUUGGCUUCCCGCAUGCAAUUUCCACAAAUGCAGAUAUAAACCGUUCUCUAUAGUAUUAGAAAAAUGAUGGUCCUCAUUGAGAAUUGGCAUUGUGGUCCUUUCAUCCAGCUGUAUGAUAUGAAGGAACUCAUGUGGUUAAACCUACAAAUUGUAAAAGUAAUAUGGUGAAACCAUUAAGAAAGUUGCUCUUUUGCUUCAAAUGAAAGUAUGUUUCUGAGGUAAUCCUCUGGGUAUGUUUGCAAAGUGCCAAAAUCUUCCACUUCCUCUUUGCUCUGAGUUGUAUUUUAAUGAGUACCGAACCUUUAUCGCUAUUCAAUUCUAGCACGCAUGGCUGUCAGAUGAGUGUCACUCGCCCCGCAAAUCUAAGCAAAGCAUUUUGGGAUAGCUUGGUCGUGUCUCAGGGCGUCCUCAGACAAUUGCAUUCAAGCAGAAAGCCGGCAAUAAUAUGGGGGGAAAUGGAGAUGUGGGACGAUUCGCUUGCUGCUAAAAUAUGAAAACUAGAUUUGAUACGAGAUGAGAGUGUUUAAGUGUGAAGUGAAGCAGUGUUUCCCUCCUCCAAACCAUUGAAUUUUUGUACUUGUUAAGUGCCUGAGGGGCGUCGGGUGGCUGGAUAUUGCGACGUGAAUGUACAGCCACAAUAAUUAUAAGCAGGGUGUUUCUUAGAAAUAUAAAGAGAAUAUUUGUAAGGCACUUCGUUACCUUAAUUCUCAGAAUAUCGUUCGAUCAGAUUUCUUCCGGUUUAAAGACAUCAUGUUCUCUAAAACUGAGCUUAAAAACACAGCACUCAUGCCACAAGCUGCUGAGACAGCAGUCAUCUGUAGCAUGCAUCAAAAACUGAUCAAAAUUGUGCAUAUGGAUGCACCUUGUGUUCAUGCUGUUGCUGUUCAUUAUGUAUGGAGUUGAUUGUUUACUGUUUGGUUUGGGGCGGCAGAUCAAGUGCUCAGUCUUUGGUUUCUAUUUGUACAACCUGUAACCUCUGGCUCACCUCUAUAGAUGCUCUCUGCAUCCUCUGCUCUACUACUGAUGACCUUUUCACAUUGUUUCAAACAUAUCAGACAAUGUUGCUGGUCCUUGUCCCUACUUAUCGAAAAACGACAUUAUUUAUUUUCUUGUAUUUAUAUUUGAUUUUGAUCCUUUCCUUUAUUUCUGUGACCUUUAUUUUGAUUUUAUUCAAAAGGACAGCAUUCCUCGAUGCGUUUGUAUUUUAGAACGGAGGUAGAGCCAAGAUGCGUUCAGCGGUUGAAGAAGGUUUUCUUUAAUGUUUACAUGAACUUCCGAACAGUUUUCAAGAUUUAUGUUUUUUCCGGCACUUUUAAAGUGGCGGAUGUUUAGCAAUACCGGUCUGAUGUCAACUUCUCUUUAUUUUACGCAUUUAUUCUUUUUCUCUUAAGCUCUAUUUGAUAGUGCCAUUCAGCUCUUAUUAGAAUUAAGAUAUUAAAUUAAGUUAUAGAUUUAAAUUUGCAAAUGAUUGUUAUAUGAUGUUAAGUAGAUUUUAUCUAGGUGUGUUUUUUUUGUUUUGUUUUAAUAGGGAUGAAAGCUUCUUUACAGUAUUUUCUUUCGAAAGAAUUGCAUUGCAUUCCAGGUAGAUUUCUUUCCUAAUGCAUUGAAGUCAUUUGUUUGCAGAAUUAAAGAACCAGAAUCAUUCAGCCUUCAUCUGCAUCCCUCUCUGUUUAACACAUGAAUGGAGUAGUUGACUAACAGUGUUGUUGUGUUUUGUUUUUCAUUAUUAUCUCUGAAACAUUCCCUUCAGUUGUGCCCCUCAUGAGCUGUUAAACCUCCACACUAUCAGUCUGUGCCUGACGGAUUUAUGCUGUCAAUCAAAAUGUUUUCAAUAAACACAACAAAACGAC